AAAGAUGAUGACAUUGAAGAGGGGGAUCUUCCUGAGCACAAGAGGCCUCCAGCACCAAUAGAUUUCUCAAAAAUUGAUCCAGGCAAGCCCGAAAGCAUCCUGAAGCUGACGAAAAAGGGGAAGACUUUGAUGAUGUUUGUCACAGUGUCCGGAAAUCCCACAGAAAAGGAGACGGAAGAAAUUACUAGCUUGUGGCAGGGCAGUCUCUUCAAUGCAAACUACGAUGUGCAAAGGUUUAUUGUUGGCUCAAAUCGUGCCAUCUUUAUGCUACGUGAUGGCGGUUAUGCCUGGGAGAUCAAAGACUUUCUGAUAAAUCAGGAAAGGUGCGCGGAUGUUACGCUGGAAGGUCAGGUUUAUCCUGGCAAAGGAGCAGACGAAAGUGAGAAAGUGAAAAACAAAACAAAACCUGAAAAAGCAAAGAAGAAAAAAGAUACAGAAAAGAAAUCAAAUAGCAUCAAAGAAGACAAUCGAGCAACCAAACAGAGAGAGGAUCUAUGACAGUCGCGUUAACCAGACUGAAUACUGCUCUGCUGUUCCUUGAAGGGAAACUAAUUACUGUAUAAUUCCUGGCUUUACUGGGGAGGGGGGAGGAAGGAAGGAAGCAGAGAUUGCUGGGGUUUAAAGACUCCUAUGUUGAAAUUCACCAGUUUACUUAUUAAUGUUGGCCAUUUGUUUAGUUACAG